AUGCACCCAUUCUGCUGCGCGCCGCUCGUGCCCGUAUCGCCCGCGGCCUCCGCCGCCUCCGCCGGGGCCGCAUCCUCCGCGGUGGCGGGCGCCCCGGCCGUGAUGCCGCCACCGCAGCCCCCGCCGGUGCCGCCUCCGCCGCCUCGAAGCAACUCCGCCCCCAUCGGUGAGAGGCGCGCGCGCGCGGCGGGGGUCAACGGUGGCGGAGGAGGCGGUUCCUCGCCGCCCGAGGGGGUGAAGCUGAACGAGAUCGUCGGCGGCGGCAUCUCGGGAAUCCUGUACAAGUGGGUCAACUACGGGCGCGGGUGGAGGCCGCGCUGGUUCGCUCUCCACGACGGCGUGCUCUCCUACUACAAGAUCCACGGGCCCGACCGCAUCAUCCUAUCGCGCGAGACCGAGCGGGGCGCCAAGGUCAUCGGCGAGGACUCCCUCCGCCGCCUCAACCGCCCGUCCGCCUCCUCGCCGUCCCACUCCAACGGCCACCACCAGCCUCGAAACCCCAUCGGCGAAAUCCACCUCAAGGUGUCAACCGUGAGGGAGAGCAGAUCGGAUGACAAGAGAUUCUCCAUCUUCUCGGGGACGAAGACAUUGCACCUGCGGGCGGAGACCAGGGAGGACAGAGCUGCGUGGCUUGAGGCGCUGCGGGCGACCAAGGACAUGUUCCCGAGGAUGUCCUCCAGCGAGAUGGUCGGGCCUGGGGACACCGCAGCGGCAGUGGCCGUCUCAACCGAGCGCCUAAGGCAGCGGUUGCAGCAGGAAGGGGUCAGCGAGGCGGCCAUUGCUGACAGCGAGACGAUCGUGCGAGCAGAAUUCGAGGCUCUGCACAAGCAGCUUGUGCUAUCCAAGCAGAAGAAUGCGCUCCUCUUGGAAACUCUUCGCCAGCUAGAGACAGAAAAGGUUGAUUUGGAGAAUACCCUUGUCGAUGAGAGCCAAAGGCAGUCGAAAGAGUAUGGAUCUGCUUCUAAACCAAGACAUGAGAAGUAUAGUGAAGGAAGUGCUAGCGAAUCUGAUGAUUAUAAUGAACCACAAGAUCCUGCUGAAGAGACUGACGACGAUGAGAACCUUUAUUUUGAUACAAGAGAUUUUCUAUCCUCAAGCUCUUUUAAAAGUAGUGGAUCUGAUUACCAAAGAUCUGAAGCUGGUUCAGAUGAUGAAGAUGAUUAUCCAAUGGAUGGGAUUGAUCCUUCCAUGAAGUCUAUUGGAAUUAGUUAUCCAUAUGUAAGAAGACGGAAGAAGCUGCCAGAUCCAGUUGAGAAAGAAAAGGGUGUAAGUUUGUGGUCAAUGAUCAAGGACAACAUAGGAAAGGAUCUUGCAAAAGUUUGUCUGCCUGUUUACUUCAACGAGCCACUCUCAUCGUUACAAAAAUGUUUUGAAGAUCUUGAAUAUUCCUACCUUAUUGAUCGGGCAUCUGAAUGGGGGAAAAGGGGGAACAGUCUUAUGAGGAUUCUUACCGUAGCAGCAUUUGCUGUUUCUGGAUAUGCCUCUACAGAUGGGAGGAGCUGUAAGCCUUUUAAUCCCCUUCUUGGGGAGACAUAUGAAGCAGACUAUCCAGACAAAGGCCUCCGUUUUUUCUCUGAAAAGGUUAGUCAUCACCCUAUGGUUGUUGCAUGCCACUGCGAGGGAACUGGCUGGAGGUUUUGGGCUGAUAGCAACCUAAAGAGUAAAUUCUGGGGUCGUUCCAUUCAGCUCGAUCCUGUUGGUGCAUUAACACUGGAGUUUGAUGAUGGUGAAGUUUUCCAAUGGAGCAAGGUGACAACUUCAAUUUACAAUCUCAUAUUGGGCAAGCUAUAUUGCGAUCACUAUGGUACUAUGCGCAUACAAGGUAAUCGCGAGUAUUCAUGUAAGCUUAAGUUCAAGGAGCAGUCAAUUAUAGAUCGCAAUCCUCACCAGGUGCAAGGUGUUGUUCAAGAUAGAAAUGGUCGAACUGUUGCUACACUAUUUGGAAAAUGGGAUGAAAGCAUGCACUAUGUGAUGGGUGAUUGCUUUGGGAAAGGCAAGGGAACUGAACAGUUUUCAGAGGCCCAUUUGCUGUGGAAAAGAAGCAGACCACCUAAGUUUCCCACUAGAUACAAUCUCACUCGCUUUGCAAUUACAUUGAAUGAACUUACCCCUGGAUUGAAGGAAAAACUACCACCAACAGACUCAAGAUUACGACCAGACCAGAGAUGUCUGGAGAACGGUGAAUAUGAAAGGGCAAAUGCUGAGAAGUUGAGGCUUGAGCAGAGGCAGCGGCAGGCACGAAAGAUGCAGGAGAGCGGAUGGAAGCCUCGGUGGUUUGCAAAGGACAAAGAUACUGACACAUACCGUUACCUCGGUGGGUACUGGGAAUCCAGAGAAAAGAGCAGCUGGGAAGGUUGCCCCGACAUCUUCGGACAAGUCCCUAACGAUCUGAUGAUAACUGACUAG